GCUACAGUCCCACUAGGGCGGAGCGGCGCUUACGGUCAAUGCUAGGGCGGGGCAGCCUCCUCCAGGAAGCGCGCCCCUCCCCCGCCUCCUCACUAGUACCUGCCCGAGCUCAUCGCAGACUUCCCCAGAGCGGGUCCCACCCACAGCCGGCGCCUGGCCCCAGAGUUAACGGUGAUGGCCCGGGGAGAGCAGCCGCCGCCGCCGCCGCCGCUCUGGCCUCCGCGCGCGCGCCUCCCACGAGUACCGGUCCGGGGAGCCGGAGUCCGGCGCAGGGCGCGCGCCGCCGCCGCUCUGGCCUCCUUUUGCGGGGUUCUCCGCGAGAAGCGCGCCGCAACCGCGGGGGCGUGGCUCCCUGCCCUGGGACUCCUCGGGGUGCUGCCGCUGCUCGGACUGCCGCUGGUCAGCGGUGAUUGUGGUACUCUACCAUCAAUACCUCAUGCUCAUCCAGAAGAAAACUAUGAUGCUGAUAAAACCUUUGGUGUUGGAACCACCAUAGUUUAUAGAUGUGAUACUGAUUAUGUUAAACUACCUGGAAAAUCAGAUUCAGUUACUUGCCAGGGUGUGGAAUGGUCAAAAAUCUCAGAAUUUUGUGAUCGUAGUUGUGAAGCCCCACAACGGUUCUCUACCAUGCAGCUGCAUUCCGAUUUCAUAAGUAAAAAUUACUUUCCUAUUAACAGCUCUGUGACUUUCGUAUGUCGGCCAGGACAUACUCCCAGUAAAUUAGGUCGGAUCAUCAGUAUUUGUCAAGAGAAUGGAACGUGGUCGCCUGUCUCAGGGUCUUGUAAAAGAAAAUCAUGCCCAAAUCCAGAAGCAUUACCGAAUGGUCAGAUUGAAGUGCCAGAGGAUAUUCUGUUUGGUUCACAAAUUGAAUAUUUUUGUGAUGAAGGCUAUGAAUUAAUAGGUGACGCUAAAAGAAUGUGUGAGGUUCAUGAAAAUAAAGUUCUGUGGAGUGGUGAAGUUCCAUUUUGCAAAAUGAUUACUUGUGGACCGCCUCCAGAGAUCCCAAAUGGAAAGCACAGUGGUGCCCACAAGGAUAUCUUUAACUAUGCUGAGACGGUGACUUACAGCUGUGAUUCAAGUGGUCGAGAUGGAUUUUCACUCAUUGGAGAAGCCACCAUUUUUUGUAAACAAAAUAAAGAAUGGAGUAAUUCGCCCCCUCAAUGUAAAGAAGUCAUAUGUAAAACUCCACAAGUUGACAAUGCAGUCCAGAUAUCAGGAUUUGGAUCCAUUCAUACUUAUAAGGACACAAUUGCUUUCAGUUGUAAAGAUGGUUAUACCUUACAGAAUAACGACAAAAUUACCUGUGAAGCCGAUAAUAAUUGGAGCCCUGAACUUCCGGUUUGCAAGAAAGUACCUGUUCCUUCUCCCAGUGAAGAACCACCUGUCUCAAGUAGUCCAGGAACUACUAUUACUUUCCAACCAGAGCCACCUGUCUCAAGUCAACCAGGGCCUUCUCUUCCUCCCAGUAAGGAACCGGCAGGCCCAGCUCCUGGCAUCAUUGCAUUGAUAGCUAUUGCUUCAGUUGCUGUGGUUGUGGGCAUCAUCGUCGCUGGUUUUCAACAUUUCAAAAAGAAAAAAGGUUACUGUGCUUAUGAUCAACAUCAUCAAUUAUCGCCAGUCCAACAAGAAAAAGGGAAAAAUGCAGAGAUUCCUGUUUCUGCCAAUUACAAAGCUUGCAGGAAAGAAGGGGAUCAUUCUGAGGAAAACAAGUGUGUGGUUUAAUAUAACCACCAGUCUGGCCUGUACUUUAGUUGAAAUGUUAAGCACUUUCCAAGUUACUUUCAAUGUAGCUCCUUUGCCACUUGAAAAUGCAGCUGUUACGUUGGAAUUUUGAUGUUUUAGUAUGAAGCUUAUUAGCACCCUUAUAUACACCGUUACACCAUCUUUUGGUGUGUUGUGAAACUGGUGUCUGGUGCUUUAAAUGGAAGUGAAGAUAAUAAUGCUCACAACCUUGUGAAUUUGCCCAGGUCACCACAGCAUGUUGUGUAGAAUGCCAGGAGGAUGGCAAGAUAACUACUUUAAGAAAAACAAUUGUUGCAGAUGCAUUUAUACGAAUGACAGUUUUGAAAUCUGCAACAUUUUCACUGGAUAAUUAAAGAAAUUAAGUGACUUUGAAAAUUGGGAAGGUUGGUCAUGAUCCACAAAGCUUUUGUAAGGCCCGUUCUUGGCGACCAGUGGUACUUUAUCCUGUUUGGAAUGACUUCUUUUGGAAACCAGUAAACAAACUCAAAGUUAGGAAGUUGUGCACAUGGCUGUGAAGUUGCCAUUUUUUUCACCAGUCAGUGGAAAAUAGGUUUAAUUUUAAACAAGAUACCAAAAAAAAAGAUUAUUUCUGUGGAAGUUAAGGGACAUUGGUUUUCAGCACAAGGUACAUCUUUUUUUCAGAGAGAAUUCUAGAGUAGAGAAAAACGUUUAGCUCUGGCUUGGUUCAGAUAUGGCAAGUGUGCUUGUGGUUUGAAUGUACCCAUGUUUAAAGCAUGAAAAUAAAGCCCAAGAGGCAGCACAGAGAGGGGGCACAGCAUGACACGUGCUCAGCUGUGUGAUCUCAACUAACCUGCUAUUGCCAGUGGUAUCAAACUCCAGUAGAAACUUAGGAAACCACCAAUUAAUAUCAUCCACGUGGCAUUCUAUUUUUGUUUGGUUUUUCCCAAUUCUAAUCUGGUUUGGGUAACACAAAGGAGUUUUUUCGGCAGCCCUCAGGCCCAAGUAUGACAGCUCUGCUCUAGGCCGGAGCAUGACCCCGAUAGAGAGGUAGAUAAAAUAGGGGCUAGAUAGAUAACCUUUUACUGUCGCCAAAUUGUUCGUGACCCCAUUUGAGGGCGUGACCCAGUUGAAGCAGCUUUAUUCUAGGCUGUUCUCUAAAAUUCAGGCUAUAAGUGAAGUGUUGCCAGUAUGUAUCAGUAAGGGGAAGAUCUCCACACCAGGAGUGCCCCACAUUUCAAAUACCACCCCCUCAGUGUAGUCAGUUUUAAUAUCAGGGAAUAUGUUCAAGUAAUGACUUAAAGCCUUAGAAUAUAUAUACUCUCUAGGGGCAUACCCUCAACUGAGAUGCCUUCUUGCCCCUUAGUGCUUUUUUAAAAAAAAAGAUCUUUUUUUAAGACUUCAGCUGGGCCAACCAAACUAAAAAUACAGUUUCUAAAGGUAUCUGGAGAAGGGAGUCUGUAAACUUGAGAAAACUACAGAUCCUUUAUCACCUGCCUUAUUCUUCUUAACUAGAAAGCCUGGUAGACAGCUUCACUCCCAACCGAAUGAAGAGUAUUUGGCUAUCGAAUGUCUGGUCAGAAAAAGCUAAGACUUUGUGUUAUGUUUCUCCGUGUGUGUGUGUGUGUGUGUGUGAGUUUGAAAUGUAUACAUUUGAAUUUGAUGAUUUAAAAAUUUGGGUGUGGGGCAGAGUGUAACUGUUGCCCAUUUGUGUGGGGGCGGGGGAAGGGGGCUAUGGCCAACCCCCAUGUCAUAAUCCCAUAGAUGAGACUCCUUUGGGGUUGUAUUGGUCUGUGAGAAGUACUUUGUAAGUCUUCUAGGGAACAAAUACACCAAAUUCCCACUCUUC